UACGCGUUAGGGCAUUCUACCAACUCGUUCUGCGAAUACAGAAACGAAAAAAUAGUAAACAACAUUUAUUGGAGGGAAAAAAAGAUACAGUCGGCCAAAAUGAGCGUGGAGGAGGAAGUGUUUCGGAUUCAGAAGAAGAUGCUGAAGAUCUCGACGUCCAGUGACGGAUCAGGUCAGGAUCAGGCGCUGGACCUGCUAAAGGCCCUGCAGACACUGAACAUUAACUUGGAGAUACUGACGAAGACGCGUAUUGGAAUGACGGUCAACGAGCUGCGCAAGAGCAGCAAGGACGACGAGGUUAUUGCCCUGGCCAAGACCCUGAUCAAGAACUGGAAGCGCUUUCUGGCCAGUCCGGCGCCCACAACGCCCAAUCACAGCUCCUCGAAAGAGGGCUCCUCCAACAACAGCAGUGCCGGCAAGUCGUCGAGCGCAUCCAAGUCGUCGUCGUCCUCCAGCAAGGACAAGUCUAGUGGCGGCAGCUCCUCGUCGAAGGACAAGGAGAAGAAAUCCUCAUCGUCCUCACAGUCCUCGUUUCCCUCCGGCGGCAUGACGGAUGCGGUGCGCAUCAAGUGCCGCGAAAUGCUGGCCGCUGCCCUGAAGAUUGGUGAAGUGCCCGAGGGGUGCGGGGAGCCCGAGGAAAUGGCCGCCGAACUGGAGGAUGCCAUCUACUCGGAGUUCAAGAACACGGACAUGAAGUACAAGAAUCGCAUUAGGUCACGUGUGGCCAACCUGAAGGACCCGAAGAACCCCGGACUGCGCGGUAAUUUUAUGUGCGGCGCCGUGACUGCCAAGCAGCUGGCCAAAAUGACGCCCGAGGAGAUGGCCAGCGAUGAGAUGAAGAAGCUGCGCGAGAAGUUCGUCAAGGAGGCCAUCAACGAUGCCCAGCUGGCCACCGUACAGGGCACCAAGACCGAUCUCCUCAAGUGCGCCAAGUGCAAGAAGCGCAACUGCACGUACAACCAGCUGCAGACCCGUUCCGCCGAUGAACCGAUGACAACCUUUGUCAUGUGCAACGAAUGCGGCAACCGAUGGAAGUUCUGCUAACUCCCAGAAAAAAAAAUAAAAACAAAAACACUCCCAUUCACACCGCACACAAUCAUACACUUCAUUUAUAUUCUUUAAAACAUUGUAAAGACACGACGCAAGAAAUAUUUUGUAUCUGCUGCCCGCACGUGGAGGCGAUUACUUUGACCACCUAAACCUAAACGAAGAGAAAUUUCAAUAAACAUGAACUAUUGAUAAAACGGA